AUAUAAGCUUUGAGAGCGACUGAGGAGUUCACUGCAGUGAGCAGGAUCAUCUGAGCGAAUCCACUCUAGUCUUAGAGAUAACCCCAAGUUAAAAAUGGCAUUCGCUGGAAUUCUGAAAGACGCUGACAUCACUGCAGCCCUUGCGGCUUGCCAAGCUGCCGACUCUUUCAAGCACAAGGAUUUCUUUGCUAAGGUCGGCCUGACUGGCAAGUCCCCUGAUGACGUCAAGAAGGCCUUCGCCGUCAUUGACCAGGACAAGAGUGGCUACAUUGAGGAGGAAGAGCUGAAGCUGUUCCUGCAGAACUUCUCUGCCUCUGCCAGAGCUCUGACCGACGCUGAGACCAAGGCGUUUCUCAAGGCCGGUGACUCUGAUGGUGACGGCAAGAUCGGAGUUGAUGAGUUUGCUGACUUGGUCAAGGGUUAAAUGAAUAAGCUGACCAACAUCUUACUUCUAAAGGAACAACUUGAGCCAAGACAUACUCCUCCUCUCUUCUUCUCCUCUUCCCUCACUCUCUCAAUCUUCAGUACUCCCCACCACUUUUAUACACUUGACCCCCCCGCCAUCGACCGUAAAUAAACUCUUCCCUCUCUCUCUCUCUCUGGCCGUGCUCACUCUUCGCUGUCCACAAUGAAUGUACCUGACUAAGUUUAUAGCGUGGUUGACUUGUGUCUUUCUCUCUCUCACUUCUGUCGUCGUUUUACUAUGUGAGUUUUGCUUACCGUGAGAUCAGAUGAUGUACUGUAAUGGGAAACGGACGAACGGAUGAGAAAACAAUAAAGGUUCUUUUUCAGUAA